AUGUCAUCAUUCUCAUACAUCUUGCAACAAAUUACAAUCUAUUAUGGUAUACCCGUUCUAGCUGCUGGUUUGGUCGGUGGAACUCUCAGCAGUAUUGUUUUUCUGAGUCUGAAAACCUUUCGGCAAAGUUCAUGUGCGUUCUAUCUAACGGUUAUGUCCAUAGUCAAUCUUGGUCAGCUCAUAACAGGCUUAUUAUCACGUAUUAUGAUUAAUGGAUAUGGCAGCGAUUCAACAACUACUUCAGUAUUCUACUGUAAACUUCGAUAUUUUCUUCUCCAAUUUUGUACACUUUUAUCAUUAACUAGCAUAUCUUUGGCAACAAUUGAUCAAUGUUUUACAACUAGUUUGUCGCCUCGUUGGAAACGAUGGAAUAAUCUCAAAAUAGCACAUCGUUUGAUACUUCUGUUUACUAUUGUCUGGGCGUUACAUGGUAUUCUAUAUCUCGUAUUUUUCGUUCAGAUUUACUCACCUGAUCUUGGUAAAAUCACAUGUGGUGUCACCGACGCUACAUUCCUAUUAUAUCAUUCAUACGGAUAUUUCCUUAUUCUAAGUGGUUUCUUGCCCAUUGGCAUAACGAUUCUGUUUGCAUUAUUGGCAUUUUAUAACAUACGACGAUCGAUACAUCAAAAUGUGCCAAUAUUUCAUCGGGAAUUAGACAGACAAUUGACUAUGAUGGUUUUAGUGCAAGUAGUAGUGAAUGCUUUAACAUUGCUACCCAGCAACGUCUUGACAGCAGUACUGAGAAAUAGUUCCGCCAUAAGUAAUCCGGUAGUAGCAGCAAGGGUUCAAUUCGCACAGAGUUUAUCCAUCUUGUGGUAUUAUUUGAAUUUUACUAGUCCAUUUUAUAUUUAUCUGUGUGUCUCUGAACGAUUCCGUCGUCAGUUUAUCUAUGUGAUAUAUGGUAUGCAUUUCAAUCGACGUAAACGUCCACAGAUUGUCAUUAACCAAAUCGUACCAACGAAUUAA